UCUUUUGCAUCGGGAUCGGGAUACCAAAAGAAAAAUCGGAAACAAAAGGGAAAUUUUAUUUUUGUUUUGUCAACAACGCAUUUCAUCACAAAAUUAUAAUGGAUAUGCAAAAACCUUUCAAGGAGAGAAGAUCAUUAACCCAGAGGAUUAAAGAUGUUGAAUCAAUUCGCACACAGCAUUCAGACAAAAUACCGGUAAUCAUAGAACGAUAUCAUGGAGAAAAAUAUCUACCAAUGCUUGACAAAACCAAAUUCCUGGUGCCAGAUAACGUCAAUAUGAGUGAACUACUCAAAAUUAUAAGGAGACGGCUACAGUUGCAUCCCUCUCAGGCCUUCUACCUGAUCGUCAACAACCGUAACAUGGUCAGUAACACCACUCCCAUUGCUGAAGUGUACGAACAAGAAAAAGAUGAAGAUGGAUUUCUGUACAUUGUGUAUGCAUCUCAGGAGACAUUUGGUUGAGUUCCUUUAGGAUGUGUUCUGUUGAGAUAAACUGUAUUUAACGAAAUUGAAAAGAAAUUUGGCACUUCAAUUUGAUGUACUGUUAACCAACUCUUAUUUGCUACAUCUUUUAUUUGUGCAUCUUCAGUUUGAAAUCCAUCCGCAACUACUAAGGUAAUGUUUGUGACUGAAAAAUUCUAUACUAAUACAUUGGUGAAGAACUAGUUCACAUUAAGACUGAAAUAUUUGCAAAUGAAAAAGCUUUGCAAAACAUGUUUUUUUUGUUUCGCACAUGAAUGAAAGUUGGUGUACAGUAUCAUUGUUUGAAGCAAAAUAAGAAUGAGAAAAAUAUGAGUUAGUGAUAUGAAGCAUUGAAAAUAUGGUGGAAAAAAUCAGGCUUCUUGUGAUUUUUCAUAGAUAAUGAUUGAAAAAUUUCUGUCUCUAGAAACUUAUAAUCUGCAUUUAAAUUUUUCUCUAUAUUUUUGGAGAAGACUUAAGACUAUCUAAACAAGAAAAGAUCGAAAUGUGAAUAGAAAAUACAGGGUUAGUGGAUAAAAACAUGAUGAAUAUUUUGAUGGAUAAGACCUGAGGAAUUCCAUAAAAAUGACUGAAACGUUAGCUUAGGAUAAUCAGCAGAAUACAUCCUUACAAUGCUUAACAUGUACCCAAGUGGAGAAAACCUCUGUUGUUCACAGUAAAUUAAUACAUGUCUGAUGACAUAGAAAUUUGGAAAAUUUAAAACCAUUUUAUGAGGUUUAUAGGUAGAUGGAACUCAGUAUUUAGCAAUUUUGGUUAUUGAUCGAUCCACUAAAUACAUGUCUUUCAUAUUUAUGUAUGUAUUUUUAUUGCCGUCAUCUUCAACCACUUGUAGUGAAAACUUUGUUAAUUAAUAGUACUGUAUACUAUACAUUCUAACACAUUAUACGGAAUGUAUACGUCAUAGUAAAGAAUGUAUACUUCUUUUUAGUACAAAAGAAGUCUGUGUAUAUGUGAUAUGUAUGAUAAGAUAAUAUUGCAGCUCUAUGCUUUAUGUGAGAUUUUAACCACGUUUUCUUUUUUUUCUUUGUUGUUAAAUUUACAAUUGUUAUGAUGAAAGAAAUUAGCUAGUCUAAUACUUUUAUGUGCAUUGUAGUUUGUACUUACGGUAGGAUUCUUCUCUAGUUUCACGGUAGGAUUCUUCUCUAGUUUCUGACUAGAUGAAAUAUUCAAAGUAUAUUUGCUUUUAUCCCAUGUUUAACCCUUUAACCCGUUGAUAUCGUUUUCGUAUCACACAGUUGUGACAUCACAAUGGAUUUUGCGUUAGUGAUGAAGUAAAAUGAAGUGGAGUCCUAUAUAAAAACAGUGUUAAACAUUGUUUGUGGUGUAAAAAACAUGGGAUAAAAAGAAUCUCACAUGAUUUGUAGUUAGAUAUGAUUUUUAUCCAACUCCUUGUGUGUUUUUAUCCCCUCGCCAAGGCUCGGGGAUAAAAACCAAACAACUCGUUGGAUAAAAAUCAUAUGUCAUAUAUUUAGGUGAAAGAGAUUUAAUUAAAAGACCAUAUUUUUCUUUCGUCAUCACGAUUGUACAACUUUAAAUACAAAUGGUAAACUGCGGUUGAAAACUAGCAAGAACUAUAUUUUUGGCGGAAUGAUGGCAUAUGAAAAUAUCUCAUUUUCUGCCUCUCAAAAUUUUUAUAGAACAAUGAAUUUAGUUAUAAUUCUUACACAAUCAGACUUGAAAAUAAUUUCAAAUGUUAGUUAAAUUGAUAGUAAUGAACUACAAUUUCAAAAUAUAUCAAAUAAAUAUUUUUUUCAAGCAAACUAGAACUGUGUUAGCUAGGUUUUAAAAGCUUCCAAUCUAAGUACAGAUUUGAGCCAAAAAUCUGCAAAAAGUGUUUUUUCUCUCUUAGUAAACGAUCAAAACGUUUAGUUUUUGUAUCAUUUUGUACCUUUAUGAGACAACUUUACCAUAUGUAAAAAUAAGAUAAAUUUAAAUAUAGGAAGCAUAUGAAAAUAAGUUAUAUAUCCUAAAAAUUUAAGAAAAGCAGGGAAAAUUCGUAUUAGCAUGUACACUCUCUCAGAGCACAGGUGUUCCAAUGUUUAUUUAGCGUCUCUUUAAGUGUCUACCAGCAAUCAACACUGAAUAAACACGGAGUGAAAAAAUUUUUUACAUAAUUUUUACAUCGUAAUACUGAGACCUGGCGUUUUUGGACAACGUAAUAAACGGUUC